AUGUCGCAUCUGCUGUCUCGGUGGCUCAACUCGGACAUCAGGCUGUCCGUGCAGGUCUCGCCGACCGGGCUCGACGACGCAUUCUGCUCGGGGUAUCUUCUGGCCGAGCUGCUCAACCGGUUCGAUCUCAUCGAACUCAACAAUCAGUUCUCCUCGACGUACUCGGUCGAGUCGUCCAUCAAGAACUUUACCCUCCUCGAGAAGGCCCUGCGUGAGAAACUCGACAUCCAUCUGUCCUCGAACGAGGCAUACGAUCUCAUCCAGGCCAAGCCCGGAUGCGCUGCGAAACUGCUCUACCAGAUCAAGGUUGCGCUUUCGCGAUACAAGGCGCAUCCCGAUGCGGUUCGUCGCAGCAGCCUCGCUGCAAGCAAGGCCAAGGCCUCGUCGGCCGUCGACGGGCACGUCGACUCGGGGUAUUUCAUGUCGCCGUUGGAUGCCGAUAUUGCCGAGGCUUCCUACCCGUCCAGUCCACAGGAUACCGGCGUGCCAACCAGCGUCUAUCCUGAGCCCCAUCCAAAGCGACUCUACAACGAAAAGGAGCACGAGUUUUUCGCCGAAAUGCUGCGGUCCAAGCUGCGGAACUGCGACCGCGCGGGCUACAAACUCAAGCCCAAGUCCAAGGACGUCUUGACGGCACGAACGCCUCGCGAACAGCCAACUCGGAUCAAGAAGCCUCUGCUCGUCAUCAAGGAGAACACCCACAAGGGCCGCAAGUCACCCCGGCCGGCUGCGACGGUGGCCGACGAUGAGAUCCCGGCCCUCCCGGUCAAGGCCAUCAAACCUGUGGGCACAUCGCCGACGACUCUCCUUUCCUUCCAGGCACGGCGUGCGCAUUUGAUGGGGGCCAUCCAGCGGGACAUUGACCGGUUCGAGCUGCAGCACAUGUACAAGCCCAAAGAUCCGGCCGCGCUUGUCGAGACGGCCGAUGUCGCCGGAAUAGAGAAUGGCGAGUCGUCGAGACCCGAGACCCCGGGUGACUCCCAUGACAUCUCAAAGUUCAUUUCGCUCAAAGCAAGCAUGGAGCCAUCCAUCCACAUGAAGACUCUAGCCAGCCUGCUACCCUCGAGCGAUGCUAGCGAGCUCAAAAGCCAGGCCUAUCUCGAAAAGAUCCGUAUCAAGAAGCUCGAGGAACAGGUGGCCAAGAAGGAUCGCGAGCAGCGCCGUCGCCGGGUCCUUCUCAACCAGCAAAAGAUUCAAGAAGAUAUCGAGAAGACCCAGAUUGAGCAAAUCAUCCUGUCGAGUCUGAUGCGUCAGUCAAAGCAAGAGAGGAGGAUUGCUGAGCAAUUGAUGUGUGUUCGGCAUGAAAAGGAAGUGAUGAAGAACAACCGCAUAUUCCGCGAGAACCAGUACGCUGAACGGCGCCAGCGGGACUAUGAGCUCGCUCUUGAGCGUGAGUACGAGCUUGCCGAGCUGGCACGACAGGAGUAUAACCGCCAAACGGCGCUGCAGCUCGAGCAGCACAAGAGCAUCCUCAACAUGAAGGCAGAGAAGAAGCAUCGGAAAAAUACGAUGAUUUGUCUCGAGAUCGUGAACCAGAUCGUCGACCUGUCCGUCAGGAUCUCCGAGUACCGAACCUACAACGACCGCAACGAACUCCCAAAAAAGCUGCUUCGGGAGUGGAAGACUUUGUUCCUAUCGAGCCAGCCGGUCCAGAAUCGAUAUGAAAUCGUCAUCGAAGUGGACAGGAUCAGCAUCCAGGAACCCACACAGACGAUGGCGAACGAGAUUCCAUCGAUCGAGCUCCCCACCGUCAGCACCACGGAUAUUGGUGGCGAUGUGGAUCCGGACAUUAUCAAGGGUGUCCAGAUCCUGGACGAACAAGAGUUUACUGACUAUCUCCAUGGCGAGGGCGACUGGAUGUUCCCGAUCUCAGAAAGGUAUUCCAACGAGCUUCUCGCCGUACUGGUCAACAAUAUCUUGGAAAGCACGAUGGCCCCCGAGCCGACCAACGAAACCCCAAUCUUGCCACUUGUGCCCAUCCGUCUUGCUCUGUUGGGAAAGCCGUUUGCUGGCAAGCACACAAUGGCCCGCAAACUAGCCUCCAUUUACUCGCUCAAGGUGUUGCUGGUUGACGAGCUGGUCCAAGAGGCCAUUCGCCUGGCCGAUGUCAGCGACAAACCGAGACCCUUGAGCAGUAUGGAUCGAAAAGGCGGCAAGAAGCCAGCGGCCUCCAAGGGCCAGAUUGGGGCCAAGCUACAGCUCUCGAUGCUCGAGGGCGGGACGGCGGAUGACAAUCUUGUGGUCUCCCUUGUGGUUGAUGCUAUCCGCAAGGCCACUCCGAGCGACGAUAAUCCGAUUUCCUCUGGUGGCUGGGUCUUGGUGGACUUUCCCGCAAAUCGCAAUCAGGCACAGCUUCUCGAGAAGGAGCUCUCUGGCUAUGAGGAUCCCAAGCCAGUCAAGCUGGGCAACCUCAAGCGAACGCCAAAGGAAAAGACAAAGGAGAAAGAAAAGGAAGCCAAGUCCAAGGGCGACAAGGAGGAUCGCCGACGCUCCAUGAUUGCGCCUUUGACGGACAACAAGAUCGAGACCAAGCUGCCAGCAGCAGUGAGCGGCAUCGAUGCCGUCCUGUUGCUUGACAUCGACAACGAAACAUCGUUCAAGCGCAUGGCCGGCCGACGGGUGGACACCAUAACGGGGGAUAACUACCAUCUCGAGUUGAAUGCGCCUCCGGUGAACAAUCCGGGAACGUACGACAGACUCUUUGUGUCCGAGAGCGAGGGAAACAGCGACACACAGUUGCAGUACCAGAUCGCAGCAUUCGAGGAACAGGAGGAGCUGCUCAAAGAUUGGUUCUCGCGAUUUAACAAUCUCCAUAAUAUCGAUGCAGCGAAGGACCUCGACAUGGCGUUUGCCGACGUCAAUGCGUACACUGCGGAACUGAUCAAGCGCAAAGAAAAGGAGAAGGAAGAGAGAGACAAGGAGCUGGAGCGGCAGGCCGAACAGAAGAAAGCCGACGAAGAGGCGCCUGAUGCGAAACAAACCAACACCGAGUCCGCCGAUAACAAGAAGAGAGACGACGACAAAAAGUCCAAGGACGGCAAGCCCGCUUCGGGCAAGGGACGUGCGCCCAGCGCAGGCGCCAAGUCGGGCUCGAGAGGUGGCAGCGCACCGAACGACAAGGGUCGCAUCUCCAGUGCCUCCAAAGACAAAGACAAAGAGGGCAAGCGGGUGCAGACACCCGGAACAUCGGGUCCAGAGCCCUUGGCGAUAUUGGAGAACAUCCCCGAUCCGAUUCUCCCGGUGAUCUCGCGGCCAACGACAGCAGAAGGCAAGAAAAUGCCAUCAAAGGAGUUUGCAGAGGUCCUAGCAGACCAAUGGUCAACACUAGAGAGCACAUAUACGGAUGCCCUCAAGUUUGCCUUCCGAUCCUUGCGGCGCGAGCGCGAGGCUAUGAUUCGCCACUUUUACAAGUGCAAAGUUGACUUCAAGGCCUUCCUGGAAAGACCCGAUCGGAAGCAGUCCUUGGUUCAGCUCUUUCAGACCGAAUACAACCAAAUCGAAGACGACUUGCGGUCAGACCUGGAUGCCAAAGCUGAGAUUCACCAGCGUGCCGAGGACCUGCGCGAGAAACUCUGGGACAUCAGCGAUACGCGGAAGGACGAGGCCGAGGCCGAGCGGCUGAUGAUCAUCGAGGACAAAUGGGUCGAGGACCACUUUGCAAUCAUGACCAACAUUUACAUCACCAUCAUCCAAGCCGAAGUGGACCGAUUCUGCGGGACACGCCAACUUGUGCUCGACUACUACCGAGACAGCACCGCCAUGACCUUGUCCGAAUCGACCAAGGCACCCAUCAAGAUCCCCAUGUUGAGUCUGAGCUCUCAGCCUCCGAUCGACAUUGGCUCAGCGCUGAUUUCAACGUCAUCGGACAAUCUCCAAAAAUCGCACAAGCGGGAGGCCACCAGCGCCUCGGCUGCCGGUGGCGUGAGUACAGGUGCCGGAGGAAAAGGGGGAAAAAACCUCAGCGUCGCCGCAGCACCGCCCAACUCUUCGACCUCCAAGAAAUUGGCACCGAGCACAGCAUCCAAGGCCGUCGACGCCAAGCACGUCGAUAAGGACCACGCCCCUGGCGAUGCCGACGUCGGUCUCUUCUCUGAUAUCCAGAACGCAAUUGAGAUGGCGAUGACGGCUCUCUCGCACCACGACGACAGCGCCAAGGAGGAAAGCAACAAAAAGAUCGACAAGAAGAAACCGGCAGCCGCAGACUCGCCCGACCAGAAAGUCGAACCCGAGCCCGAGCUCUCGUCAGAUAUCCAAAAGAUCUUUGAUAUCGAGGACGCAAUAUUUCACAAAAAAAUGGAUCGCAUCAAGCAACAUGCCAGCGACCAUCUGAAGGAGCUCCGCAACAAAGGAAUCGAGGUGUACAGUCUGCUCGACGAAUGGAUUGGAAUGCGUUUCCAGGCCGAGAUGGAUGCCAUCAAGGAGAUGCUCGUUGUUAUCAAGGAUGCAAUCGAGUCAGAGAGUCGCCUGCCCAACGAGCUCGUUCUGGAAGGCGAAAAGUUCAAGGUCGACUACAACGUCAUGACAUACGAACCCGAACCUGAGCCCCGACCCGAGAGCCCGGUCGAGAAGCCGCUGCCUGACCAGUUUACGGUCCUACAGCUGCUCAACCUGUGCUUGCAGUUUUAUGAGCUUGGCCCAGGAGGCUUUGUCAGCUGCAAAGAGUUUGUCGACGGCAUCCAGCGACUUGCGAUGAUUUCGGUUGGAAUGGACAUCCUUCCAGAGUACUAUCUCUCGGCCGACAUGGCGCAGCUCCAGCAGGUUGCCGUUUUGUUGGAUCCGUAUCAGACUGGAUAUGUCAACUGGAGAAAGUUCUUGAUCUGCAACGCCAGAAUCCUGCCCAUUCCUGCGGUCUACCAGCUCAUAUAUUUGCGCACGACUUACCGAUUGUGCUCGUCCUUUGCAGACGGAAAGGUCAGUAAAGAUGAUUUUAUGAAGACACCACUUUGGUUCGAGGACGAAUCCGACGACCCGCUCGCUGCAGACGAUGGCACAACUGCCAAGUUCAAUCGCCCCUCCAAGCUCAAGCAUGCGCUAUUCUGUGAGUUGCGGCUGUAA